AUGGUUUCCUACAUGAACAUACAUUGUUCUUCAGUUGUGGAUUCUCAGUCAAAGCCAAUCUGCGAUAACGGCAUUUGUGUAUCAGAUGCGGACGUCAAAUCUAUUGUAUCAAACUAUCUGGAUCUAGAAAACGACUGUGCUAUAAGUAACUAUUCUAUUUAUAAAGCAAGUGAUCAAAUGCUAGGGUAUAUAGCUGACUACUGGAAAUUGAAAUGUCACUUGACUGAUGAAAGAGUGCUUUCCUUUUUCAUCAAAGCUAUAUCGAGAUGCAACCCGGCAAAAGCGAAUAUGAUAAAGGAAAUGAAACUCUUCGAUAAAGAAUUAUCCUUCUAUUCUCUCAUCCGGAAAAAUAUGAUGGUUGCCGGUCUCAAGCCGUUUAGCAGUAGGCUAAUUGCUACUUUAGACGAUGCAAUGGUAUUUGAAGACUUAAACGCUCUUGGCUAUAAAGUUAAGAAUAAAUUCGAUAAAUUUGAUUUAGAUCACACUUUACAAUCCCUGAAUACUUUAGCGAGAUUUCAUGCGUCUUCAAUAAUUUUUGAAGAGCGAAGAAGCAUUGAACUGCAGCGCAAUUAUUCAAUGAAUGAGGAUUUUAAUCAAUUUUUUGAUGAAGCUGGCUACCGAGAGUCGAAUUCGAAUGUUUGGUUUCAACAAUGCAUGAAUGGAGCGCUUGAAACUGUCCAUUCAUAUUCUAAGUAUAAUAAAGAAGAGUUGGAGCUAAUUGAUGCGCGUUGGAGUCAGGUUUGGCUGUCAGACUUAAAUCUAAGCUCGUGCUCUUCAGUUUAUAGGAAUGUUUUGUGCCACCGUGAUUUAUGGAACAAUAAUAUAAUGUUUCUUUACGAAGACAGAACUGGUAAUCCAACAGACUGUUUAUUUGUAGAUUUUCAGGCCAUACGCUACCAGCCGCCUGCUAGUGAUGUUAUGCUUUUAUUGUGUUGCAAUCUGGACAAAAAGUAUAGAGAAGCAAAUUUAAGUACUUUUCUCAAUUAUUACUAUACUGAAUUACAGCUAUGCUUAGAAAUAUCCAAUUUGAAUAUUAUUAAUAGUUUCACAAAAGAGGAACUAUUUUUAUCGGCCCAAGAACAAAGGAAAUUCGGGUUAAUCGUUUCCGCUUGUAUAAUUCCCCAAAUAUGGUUAGAUGACGAAUUUACGACAAAAACGUUCAGUGACCCAAAUCAAUUUAAAAAAAUUCUUACUAUUGACAAGGGAAAAUUCAUCAAAAAGAACAUGGAACACAAUUUAAACUACAGAAAAACUGUUAUGGAAAUAUUCGAAGAGAUAUGUGAUAGAUACUGUUUGUAA